CUAGCAAACAUGGCGGCGAACGAAGCCUUGGAUGUGACAGUGGACAAGCUGUCAGCCCUUGAAUUGAGUUCUCCGGAUUCACAGGACCUGUCGACGGGUUCGGAGGAGCUGAACGAUGAGGUGGUGGACUUUUUGGUGACGGAGGUGGGGCAGGACCUCAAGUCCCUGAAGAUGGUCGGGGACCUCCUGGAGAAAUUGCGAGAGGAAAAUAGCCUGCUGGAGAAGCAGGUGGUGACAGAGUCCAGUCAAAGUCCUCCAAAAGUGUCUGCUGCGCUGUCUGCUGCCGAAGACGCCAGAUGUUCUGUGGAGGACCUGCUGGAGAGAGAAAAAGUGACGUCUGAUACACUGACCAAGCACCUACAUGAUGUUCAACCUUGGAUGGACAAUCUCAACCAGUCAAUCGAUCAAGUGGAAACCAUUGAGAGACACAUCAAAUACCUCCGCUGCCUGCAGCACAUCGAAGAGCUCAGCGCGGCUGUCCAGCAGUGUCUGAUGACCAGCAGUGUUUGGGAGGCCAUCAGGGCUGUAGACAGCAUGGCUGCGCUGGAUGCGGGACUGGAGCAGUCAAAGUGUUCCCACCUACGUGACUUCCUACGAGAAACUCUUAACUUCUGGCACAAGAUUAUCAAAGAUAGACUAACUGGUGAUCUAGAAAAAGUGCUGACUCAGCUUCAGUGGGCGGUCAUCUCCCCUCCUGCGCAGCCACUGACCCCUGUUGCCAACGGUCAAGAGACCAGCAGCCAGUUGGAGCUGCUGGUGACACAGCUGCUGGCACUACAGACCUCUGAUGACCUCAUAUCUCAAAAGACAUCUGACUCCAGACAAUCCCCACCCCCCACGCAGCGGACCUCUUCCUCCUCCCAAACCCCCCCCAUCUGCCUUCCCAUCAGAAUCAUGCUGGUGCCGCUCAGCAGGAGGUUCAGAUAUCACUUCUAUGGAAACCGUCAGACCAACUCCAUCAGUAAACCCGAGUGGUACCUGACCCAGGUUCUCAAGUGGAUUGGAACCAGCUCCACCUUCUUACUGGAGAGGAUCCAGCCCAUUCUGGACCGGGCGGGAGCCAAAAUCAAUGCCAGAGUGGAGCUCUGUCGUGGCUUGCUGUCCUUAGUCCAGGAGAAGGUUGCCAGCGAUGCUUCCAAGCUGCUCUACGAUGACACCCUCUUCUGCCACCUGGUGGAGGAGGUGCUACAGUUCGAGAAGGAGCUGCGCAGCAAUCAUGCGUACCCGCAGUCACAGCCGGGGCUGCUUCACCUGCUGCUGGAAGAAGCGGUGUUGCAGAAGUGGCUCACGGUGGAGAAGAAGAUGGCAGUGGAGAAAGUGGACGCCAUGUUGGCAGCAGAGGGAGCGUGGAACUGUCAGUACAAAGACAUGAGAGACAUGGACGAGUUGAAGGCUCCGGACUGUGCUGAGACCUUCAUGACCCUGCUGCAGGUCAUAACAGAUCGAUACCGACCUUUGCCCUGUCCGGCUGCACAGCUGAAGUUUCUGGAGCUGCAGAGAGAACUGGUGGAUGAUUUUCGUAUCCGACUGACUCAGGUGAUGAAGGAGGAGUCUCGCUCUCCUCUUGGUCCUCGCUACUGUGCCAUCCUGAAUGCAGUCAACUACAUUUCCACCAUCCUGACUGACUGGGGAGACAAUGUGUUCUUCCUCCAGCUCCAGCAGGCAGCUGUCUCUUUAGGGGACGAAGCAGUCCUGAGGGACCUCGGUGUGAUGGAGCUGGGUCGCCUGGCUUCUCUGGAAGGGUCGCUGUUCGAGGGUCUGCUGGCACUACUGGACCGACUGAGGGGAGACAUGAUGGGGCGACUGCUGGAUGGAAUCAUGAGGCAGAUAACGGAAAAAGCAAAACCAUACUGUCAAGACAGGUGGUUUUCUCUUCCAUCUCAGCAGGAGCUAUCCACCAUAUCUCUGUCCAGCUCGGCGUGCCCCAUGCUGCUCUCGAUCAGGGACAGUUUGUCAAACCUUCAUCAGACUUUGAGUCUCUCUCUGUUCCAAAUGGCGUGGCAGGGUCUGGCCGAGAGACUGGACAGUUUCCUCUACCAGGAAGUGAUCCUCUCCAACCAUUUCAGCGAAGGCGGAGCUGCUCAGAUUCAGUUCGACAUGACCAGAAACCUCUUCUCUCUCUUCGGCCACUACUGCAAGAGACCAGAGAACUUCUUUAAACAUGUGAAGGAGGCCUGCAUCAUCCUGUGCCUGAACGUCGGCUCUGCCAUCCUGCUCCGAAAUCUCAUCAAAGAGGCGCAGGGCGACUCCAGAGACGGGACAGUGAGGGACGACCCUCCGCCCAAAUCUGCACUCAACGAGCUGGGGGUUUACUACUUGGCACCGUCCGACGUCUUAAUUCUACUCAACCUGAGGGCCUCCUGGCCUGGACAGUGAGGGAUUGAUUCUCAACUGAUACGAAAUAUUGGUAAAUAACUGGUGCAUUCUGUCAAUGUAUGUAAUACAGGCACUACGUUUGUACAAAAUAAUGUAGUACAAAUAAUGGAAUUGUGGCUCUUUUCAGAGUCUUACUGGUGAGAUCAUGUGAAACUCCUGCGACUCUUUAUCACAUUUUUUCUCAUCAGACCCCAGAAUUAAAGUUCAUUUUUUCCCUCUGACUUCAUCUAGGCACAUCUCUAUGUCUUCUGCUAAUGGCUAUUGAACAGGGACCUGUGGUGUCUGUGGUCACUUGUUUGGGAACUGGCCAUUUAAAGGCCAGUGUGCACCUAGAUGUUCUGAGGUGUUCAGGUCGUGCUGUGAGGAUGGCCUUCUGUCCAUAAUGGAGAAUCUGUUCAUGGUAACACUGAGAGCAGCAGAGUACCAUGCAAUGAUUGAGAGGUUGAGGGUGGAAUUGUGGUAUUUUUAUUACAUCAUAGCCAACCUGGAUUGAUGGAUUGUUUGAGUCAUGGCUGGUCUUCUCCACUGUUAUGUUCUUUAGCAUUCUCCCUCAUCCAUUUCCAUUUUUCUCAUGCCAUUCUGAGACGUUUUAGGUGAUGUUUGAACCUAUUCCUGCCUGGAUUCUAUUUAUAUUUCUGCAUCGCUUGGAUCCUCUUCGUACAUGAACUCCAAUCUGUUCAAUCCCGAAGGACAAACUGUCCGAGGGAGUUGUCCAUUGGAAUUGUGGGAAACCUUUCAAGUUCCAAACAGUUGCUGAAUAUCACUGGCAGCCUUUGACAUAACUCUGACAGCAGUAAUGUGAGAGCUUGUACAGCACGAUGGCGUGAUCCCAGGAAGGAACAGGUCGUCAGAUUCUAGUGUCAUCUCAUGAUAGUGAAAGAGAUGUCCAGCUUUGCGUCAGAUUGGAGGCUUCUGAGCUGCCAAAGACUGUCGUUUUCGGCAUCCUGUUAGGAAUCCCCUUUUUGCUCACCUAUUGUUAUUAUGAAUUCUUUGUACACUCACUUGACUGGAGACCUCUGGACACAUGAAGCAAUGGAGAAGACCUGCAUUAUGGCUGCGCACUGCCACACAAUCCUUUUGACCAGGGGACUCUAACUCAGUCACAAGAGAGGCCAAAAAUAUGAAACAGUCCAAGUUGCGGACCAAACAAAGCAGUCCAUAAUGCGACAAACUGGCAGUUAACUAUCUCUGCCUGCGAGAUAACAAUUUGUCCAAGAC